AUGAAUAAUAUUGGUGAUGUCGAGAAGCAUUUUCCUGGAUUGUUAAAGGCUACCCAUGAGUGGUUCCGUAUUUACAAGAUUCCAACAGGCAAACCAGAAAAUAAAUUCGCCUUUAAUGGCGAGUUCAAAGAUAGGGAUUACGCUCAUAAAGUGAUUGGCGAAACAAACGAAUUCUGGAAAUCUCUUAUCAAGGAGGCGUCACCGAAGUUGAAAACGCAGUGCUUUGUGGAAGGAGCAGCUCAUCAAGCCACUCAUGACUUCGCUCAAUCGGUACUGGAUAGUGCACCACAACCAGCAGAACACUCAGCUCUCCCGGAAGAUAUCGACAAAUGGCACUUUAUACAAGCCUGA